CUUACGCUCAGCCACAUGUUUAUUUCUAGUUAAUGACAGAACGCUGCUGCAGUUGGUGAAAGUGUCUCUGUGCAGAAGACGUUUCACUCGUUGCACAGACUGACAAACGGGGAUUAGCAAAAUGUCUUCCACGGAGCCCAUCAUCAGAUCAAGACAGACAGAGAAAGAAGUCAACGGAAUUUCGACGCAGGUCGUCUGUACAGAGUUCAGCAAUUACAUAUUUGUAGUUCUCACUCAGUACGGCAAAAUGGGGACACUGAUAUCAGUCACACCUGACUCCAGAUCUAAUGAUAUCAGCACCCCAACGUUCUCCACCAAAGUACUGCUGGGCAAAGACGAGCCACUGACACAUGUCUGUGCCAAAAACCUGGUAACUUUUGUGUCACAAGAAGCUGGCAACAGGCCUGUCUUGCUGGGACUAGCACUCAAGGAUUCCUCCAUAGAUGCUAUCAAACAAAUGAAAGAAAUCAUAAGAAGUUGUCAGGUCUGGUAGGAAGUCAACAUAAUAGACAUGAAGCCUGAGGGCUUGAUGAAGUGCAGGCCUUCUGGACAUCCCCAAUGUCACAUUUUUCUGCUGCAUCUUUUAAAGUGAAAGGGUUUUACUGUUUACUAAAUGCCAAUCUGUGAUUAAAAAAACCCGGAGGCUUGUGCUGCGAGACAGAAAUGUAUGAAUCCAAUUUCAGUGACUCUGAUCUUUUGAUUUGUUGAGACAGUGAAGAAUGUCUUCUGGAAAACAUAAUUUAGAGUUUAUCUGGUUGUAAAGGAGGGGAUUGUGCAAGUCGCUGCUGUCUCAAAUACUGAAGACAUGUGCACUGAUCAAGUUUGCAAAAUGACUGAUGUCCAGGAGCUUCAGUUUCAUCACUGUAUAAACUACGUAUUGACCUUACUGUUUGUUUUGAAUUUGCAAUAUUUUACACUUUGUUAUUUUUCUAUUUUAGAAUGACGAUAUUCUAAAUUGUUUCAUGAAGAUAGCCUAGAAAUAAAACAGUUCACUCUUAAA